UGGAAAUCAAACAUCAAACAAGAUUUUAGGUUAAGGAUGAUGUGUCAACCUAUUUGAGUUUUACAAGAAGUAAAUAAGAUAUAAUUUUAAUGUAAAGUGGUAAUAAUUGAAUGCAUUUCAGUUAACUAUACAAAUUAUAAUGGCGGUUGUGAUUGAAACUACACUGGGAGAUAUAACUGUCGAUUUGUAUUUAGAUCAACGACCUGUAACAUGUUUAAACUUUUUAAAGCUUUGCAAGAUGAAAUACUACAAUUACAACCUAUUUCAUACGAUACGAAGCGGCUUUAUUGCCCAAACAGGGGACCCCAGCGGCGAAGGAUCUGGCGGGCAGUCAAUAUGGGGUAUAUUAGAAGGGCCUCAAAAAAGAUUUUUUUCAGGAGAAAAAAUGCCUAAAAUUAGACACACUGGAGCUGGCUUACUAUCUAUGGUAGGUACUGAUGACAUGAUGAUAGGUUCUCAAUUUUUUAUUACACUUGCACCAGAUUUAGAUUCAUUAGAUGGAACUCAUUGUGUCAUAGGAGAAGUAACAGAAGGGCAUGAAGUAUUAACAAAACUCAAUGAAGUAAUUUGUGAUGAGUCUCACCGUCCAUAUAGAGAUGUAAGAAUCACCCAUACAGUUGUAUUAGAAGAUCCUUUCAAUGACCCGUCUGGCUUAAGAGCUCCAUCAAGAUCCCCAUCUCCAAGUGCAGAACGUCUAAAAGGUGGAAGAAUAGCCCCUGAUGAAGAAAUUGAUGAAACCCAAGGUAAAAGUGCUGAAGAAAUACAAGAAAUGAUUGAGGAAAAGGAAGCCAAAGCUCGAGCUACAAUAUUAGAGAUUGUUGGUGACUUGCCUGAUGCUGAAAUUGCUCCACCAGAGAAUGUAUUGUUUGUUUGUAAACUGAAUCCUGUCACAACUGAUGAAGAUCUAGAAAUAAUAUUUAGUCGUUUUGGUACAAUAGUAAGUUGUGAAGUAAUUAGAGAUAAAAAAACGGGAAAUUCCUUACAAUAUGCUUUUAUAGAAUUUGAAAAUAAAAAAUCCUGUGAAGAUGCUUAUUUCAAAAUGGAUAAUGUCUUAAUUGAUGAUAGACGGAUUCAUGUUGACUUUUCACAAUCUGUUUCUAAAAUGAGAUGGUUAGGUAAGGGGAGAGGUGUACAAUAUUUUGAUGAUGAUACAAAUAUGCCUCAACCUAAAGAUGAAGUAAAACAUAGAGAAAGACAUACAGAUAAAAGGUACAGAAUAGAGGAUCAUGCAAUACAGGAAAGACAUCAUGAUAAAAGAGAGAAUAAAAGAGACAGGGAUGGGAGAUAUGGCAGAGAUAGGAACAAUCAUAAGCAGCAUAGAGAUAGAAGUAGGAGUAGAUCUAGACAGGAGUAUUCUCGGGAUAGAGCUUCAGAAAGAGGAAAUGAUAGAUAUUCUAAAGAAAAUGCACAAAUUAGAGACAAUAAAUAUAGAGACUCAAAUAAGUAUGAUAAUCAUAAAAAUAAUCACUCUAGUUCUCAUAAAUCAAGAUUCUCAUCUAAUUAUAAUGAUAGGAGGGAAAGUAGCAAAUCACCAAGGCGAUAUAAUGACAAAUCAGACUAUAGAAAACAUAAUGAUAAGAAAUAUGACAAAAAUUCAACCAAUAGUCACAAUUCACACAGAAUGGAAUCUAAACAUAGACACUCAAAUAAUGAAGAAAAGCACAAACAAACUAACCGAGAAUAUAGGGAUGAAAAAAAUAAAGUUGAUAAUGACCAAUCAAAAACACCAUCACCUGCGGUUAAAAACAAAAAAGAUAAUAAGAAUGAUAAAAAGGUCAUUAAAAAGCACAGUACAAAGAAGCGUAAGCAUUCCACUUCAUCAUCUGAUUCAUCAGAAACUAGCUCAUCUAGUAGUGAAUCUAGUUCUUCGAGUGAUAAUGAUAAGAAGAAAAAGAAAUUAAAGAAGAAAAAAAGAAAGCGUUCAACAUCAAGCAGCAGCAGUGAAACAAGCAGUAACAGUAGUUCAUCAAGUAGCUCAGAUUCAAGUGAUACUAGCUCAAGUUCUGAUAGUAAACAUUCUAAAAAAAAACGUAAGAAUAAUACCAAAAAGACAGGGAGAAAGACUAAAAAGAAAUUAUAGGAUUUUUUAAUCUUGCUAUUUAAAUUUUGUAUUAUAAUUCAGUACAAUAAAAUAGCUUUAA